CUACAAGAACUAUUAUAAUCUAGCAUAUUACAAGUCGGAAAGUCCAAGUCACAGCAGCGGCAGUUUAACCACACGGCGGAGACUCCAAUGCCGUAAGCACACAUCAUCAUCUUCGUCGAUUCCUCCGCCGCAUUUCUAAAUUAAUCUAAUCCAUCACGCAUUCCUUCUCAAUCUCUAAUCACAAUGAUUCACCAAUGCAUUUCCAAGGCGCCUCCGCCUCCCUUACCAGCCUUCAGACCCAAAACCCUCAUCCGCUGUGAAUUGGAGCAGAAAGCGCCGCCACUCGCCGAUCGCCCGUCUUACCCUGGCGGGAUGGGCCCUUACACGGGCCGGAACCCGAAUGUGAAGAAGCCCGGGUGGCUAAGGCAGAAGGCGCCGCAGGGGGACAAGUACGACGGUGUCAAGGAAUCGCUGUCGAGGCUCAAGCUCAACACUGUCUGUGAGGAGGCGCAGUGCCCCAACAUUGGGGAGUGCUGGAACGGCGGCAGCGACGGCAUCUCCACCGCCACCAUCAUGUUGCUCGGUGAUACCUGCACCAGGGGAUGCCGCUUCUGUGCCGUCAAGACGAGUAGGAACCCACCGCCUCCCGAUCCCAUGGAACCCUACAAUACUGCCAAGGCAAUUGCUAGUUGGGGUGUAGAUUAUAUUGUUCUAACCAGUGUGGACCGAGAUGAUAUACCUGAUGGUGGAAGUGGCCAUUUUGCUGAAACAGUGAAAGCCAUGAAGGCACUCAACCCUGAAAUUAUGGUUGAGUGUUUAACAUCAGAUUUUCGAGGUGAUCUAGAGGCUGUAUCCACACUUGUUCACUCAGGGUUAGAUGUGUUUGCUCACAAUGUUGAAACGGUGAAACGACUGCAGCGGAUAGUCAGAGAUCCUAGGGCUGGGUAUGAGCAAAGUUUAUCAGUUUUGAAACAUGCAAAGCUCGACAAGGAAGGGAUGAUAACAAAAUCAUCUAUUAUGUUAGGACUUGGUGAAACUGACGAUGAACUGAAGGAAGCCAUGGCUGAUUUAAGGGCGAUUGGAGUUGACAUUUUGACUCUAGGACAAUAUUUACAGCCUACUCCAUUACAUCUUACAGUCAAGGAGUAUGUUACCCCCGAAAAAUUUGCAUUCUGGAAAGAUUAUGGAGAGUCGAUUGGUUUCCGUUAUGUUGCCAGUGGACCCUUGGUAAUAAACUCUUACACUUUUGAUCCUCAUUUUCAUUGGAGAAAUUUCCUUUACCUAUCUCCAUUCAUGCCGGAACUUCCUAUCAAGACGGGAACAGAUUUGCAUGUCAUUUAACAUUCUUGUUCAUCUUCUAGGUUCGAUCAUCAUACAGGGCAGGAGAGCUGUUCAUCAAGACUAUGGUGAAGGAGGAGAAGACCAAAAAUGGAUCUGCAUGACCUUCCAACACAUUUGUGUCCACCUCAAUUCUUUGGCUGCCAAUUAUAGAUAAGCUUUGUAGUACUAGCAAUUCCAAUUUAUAAUUUUAGUCUGUAAUCAUAUGAAUCAAAAUUUUGCUAUUAUUUUGUGAUGUAUUUCCAUGUACACGUUGUAUUUGUUGUUUACGAUUUUAUUUUUUUUAAUUCUAUUAUUUUUUA